UUCUCGGCGACUAUUUUUGAACUCUAUGCGAGAUCGGUUGAAUUUGGCUAGGCGAUAUGAUUUUCACUCAGCAUAUGUACUCUUAGCCACUAGGCCGGGAGCCGCCUCGCGCGCACACAGGGCAAAAUGAACGCCGGUUGCAUCGGGGCCACGCCGCCGGCGAUACUCUGUCGUUUACGCAUUCACCGCCGGAGAAAGUUAGCUUCUUUGUCCCACAUCUCCUCCUCCGUCCUCCGCCGACCCCGCGGCCGCCGUCCCUCGCCGGACCAACGCCUUCGCCAGAAACCCGUCGAUCAGGACCGAAACGUUGAGUUCUCCGUCGACUUAGACGAUAUCUGCGCUGGUACAUUGGCGAGAAUCAAGCGGCUUUUCCGCUCAUCCGAGGCCAAGAUCGAUCGCUUCUUUGCCUCUGGUGCUGAGGCAUGCAGUGAUUUGAAAACAUCCUUUAGGAUAGAUCGAGGCAGUCGGAUCGUGUUCUCCUGUCGGAGGUCCUCACUUCAGUUCUUUGGGAAUUUAUUUCUUUGGAGCUUUAUCGCCAUUCUUACGUCGAGGUUUUUGUUAUGGCUCUGGUCGUUUCGCCACCGGUGGUUAUUUGUUGGUUGGGCGAUAACGCGAAGGGACCGCAGUCUGGGUGGAAGAGAGGUGGUGGUUGGGAGGAGGGAUAGGAUGCGCGAGCCUGAGCGGACGGGUUUUAAGGGUUUGGUGAAUCCUCUUUCUACAGUUGGAGCAAAAGAAGUGAAGGGUAAGGCGACCUUGAUGAAUAAGCAGAAAAAUAGGCAGGAAAAGCUGCCUGAAUGGUGGCCGGAUUCCAUACCUUCGCCAAUUGUUUUGUUUGCAAAAGAUGAGGGCCAAAGAGAUGCUGACAAAUUAGUCAAAGCAAUCAUGGAUAACAGAAUGAGCGGAAAGGAUUAUAAAGACGAUGAUAUAAUACAACUUCGAGAGAUAUGUAGAUCUUCAGGGGCAAAGGUAUCAUUUGAGACAACCAAUUCACGGGAUUCCUUUUUUCGGGCAGCAAUUAGCUUUGUACUCAACGUAUGUAGCAGAGUAAGACAACCAGGAAGUCCUGUCCAGAUUGAUGGUGAGGAUGUGAAGCAAUUUAUUUGUGGAAUCGCUCAAAAUAUUGGGCUUGAAAAUCUUCGAGCUGCAAGACUUGUUUGUGCUGCUGUGGCCGCCCGCAGCCGGUCAUGCUUUUUACAAUCUUGGGCAUUUGAAGUUCAGGGAAAAAGGAUGGAAGCUUUGGAAGAGUUAUUGAAUCUCUGUCAAAUCUACCGGAUCUUUCCUCCUGAGGAAAAUUCUCCAGAAUUGGAGAUGGUGGCUAGCGGUCUCACAAACAGUUUAAAAAUAGAUCAAAGGAAGCACCUUCUAACUCUCUUUAGUGGAAUCUGCUCCUCGGAUAGUCUGAGAAUUGCAACAGAGGCUCUUGGAAUUGGAAGCAAUGAAUCUGUCUGAAGAACUCUUCUACUUUGUGGGCGACUCCGUUGGUGACUAUUGAUCUAGCGAGCAAUGGCACCUGUAGACAGAACUGUUCAUCUGCCAUUGUUCUUCAUUCUAUUGCUGCUUCAGGUUUUUACUCGUUAAUUUGUAUUGUUGAACUGUUUUUCAAGUUUAAGAUUAGUUCUUAUAUAUGAAAGUUUUCAUGAGAAAAAAUUCUUUCAGAUUCAUGAAAACUUGUGGAAAUAAUACAAAAUGCAACUUUUUACUAGCUUUUUCAAUAUAAAAAGUAGGCAUAAUUCUAUUGUUCA